CGGGGCGCGGCGGGCGGCACGAUGCGGGUGGCGGUGACCGGCUGCUGCCACGGCGAGCUGGAUAAGAUCUACGAGACGCUGGCGGUGGCGGAGCGGCGCGGCCCGGGCCCCGUGGACCUGCUGCUGUGCUGCGGCGACUUCCAGGCCGUGCGCAACCAGGCCGACCUGCGCUGCAUGGCCGUGCCGCCCCGCUACCGGCACAUGCAGACCUUCUACCGGUAUUACUCCGGAGAGAAAAAGGCCCCGGUUCUCACGAUCUUCAUCGGCGGAAACCAUGAGGCUUCGAAUCAUUUGCAAGAGUUACCCUACGGUGGCUGGGUGGCGCCCAACAUUUAUUAUUUAGGUUUGGCAGGUGUGGUGAAAUACCGAGGUGUGAGGAUUGGUGGCAUCUCUGGGAUCUUCAAAUCUCACGACUACCGGAAAGGUCAUUUUGAGUGUCCUCCUUACAACUCAUCUACAAUAAGGAGUAUAUAUCAUGUGAGGAAUAUUGAAGUCUAUAAACUAAAACAGCUGAAGCAGCCUAUAGAUAUAUUCUUAUCUCACGAUUGGCCCAGAAGCAUCUACCACUACGGGAAUAAGAAGCAACUCCUGAAGACCAAGUCCUUUUUCCGACAAGAGGUGGAGAAUAACACACUGGGCAGCCCGGCGGCCUCGGAGCUUCUAGAUCACCUGAAGCCCACUUACUGGUUCUCCGCCCACCUCCACGUCAAAUUCGCAGCCCUGAUGCAGCAUGAGGCCACGGAUAAAGGAGAGACAGCCAGAGCGACGAGAUUUUUAGCCUUGGACAAAUGCUUACCACAUAGAGACUUUCUUCAGGUCUUAGAGAUCGCACACGACCCCAGUGCUUCCGACCAGCUGGAGUACGACGUGGAAUGGCUCGCCGUGCUCCGCGCCACGGACGACCUGGUGAACGUGACCGGGGGCCUGUGGAACACGCCGGAGAACAACGGCCUGCACGCACGGUGGGAUUACAGUGCCACCGAGGAAGCCAUGAAGGAGGUCCUGGACAGCAUGCACCAGGACCUCAAAGUGCCCUGCAACUUCAGCGUCACCGCGCCCUGCUACGACCCCAGCAAGCCGCAGGCCCCCGGGCAGCCGCUCCACAGGAUCAACCCUCAGACCACCGAGUUCUGCGCCCAGCUCGGCAUCACGGACAUUAACGUGAGGCUUCAGGAGGCCAAGCAGGAGCCCCCCCCGUGUGGGGAGGACGAAGAGCAGGAGGAGGGGAGCAGCGACUCUGCGGAAGACCAGAGCGAAUACACCCCCGACACCUCCGCCCUGUCCUCCAUUAAUCCCGAUGAGAUCACGCUGGAGGAGGAGGAGGAGGGGGAGGGGGAGGAGGGGGACGGGGAGAGCUGUGCGAGUUUGCCCAGUGACAUGAACACUCCCUCGGUAGAACCUUCUUGCAGUCAGGCUUCUGAUCUCUCCACAAGCUUUUCCGACGUGAGGAUCCUGCCGGAGUCCAUGAUUGUGUCUUCUGAUGACCUACCGGGCUCUCCACCGGGUAGCAAAGGGACCCCAGAGGAUGAUGGGAAGGAUUUCACUGAGGUGCCGCUGAAGAGGCUGAGCAGUGAACACGAACCCGAACAGAGAAAGAAAAUCAAGAGGAGGAAUCAAGCCAUCUAUGCAGCAGUAGAUGACGAUGAUGAUGAGGAAGCAUAAGACGUGGACUUCACUUCCUAUUAUGUGUACAUAUGUGAUUUUUUUGAGACCCUAUUUUUCGAGUUGGAUUUUUAAUGCGAGGAAUACCUUUGUAAUAAUGAAGUUUUAAAAGGGGAUUUAAGAUAUCAACUUUGUCUUUAGGCUUUUAUAUGUUUUGAGACACAAACGCAUGAACGUUUCCUGUACGGUCUUUAUUGACCUAUGUCACUAACCUCCGUUUCUAGGCACUCACUGCUCAUGUGCUUCAUGCAAACACGUCUUCUGCAGUAUGGCACUAUGAACGCAGAGGACACAUGAAUUUUUUUCAGGGAGUUAAAAUGACUAUAAAAUAUAUUUUGAUGUAUUCAAAAAGAGGUAUAUUUAUGUUUUUCAAAGCCCCGUCAGUUUUGUACAUAUAAUUAUGUGUCCCUCCUUUUCAUGAUCAUCUGGUCCCCAAUCAGCUUAAUGUCCAUCAGAAAUAAAUUGCAAUUGGAGAUGA